AUGGCAGAGGUAGCCACGCCAAGACACUUUACAGUAAACUAUGCAGAGAAAAGUCUUCGGGAUAUUGAAACAACCGAAUCGAUUCUGAAUAAAAUGAAAAGAAUCUCUAUAUUUAAAGGAUCGCACGCUGUAAAUCAUCUUAUGAGCAAGAAGGGGCUGCUUGCUUCAGAGGCUAAAGAAGUUAUGUCUAUUCUUCUUGACAACCACUAUAUAGUGCGAGUCCGCCCAGUAGAUGACCAGCAUAUACUUGACAUUUCAUAUGAAUUCAAUAUAAAUCACGAGUAUAUAUGGAUAAAAGAGGGGUCUAAAACAGCAAUGUAUCUUCUGAGCAUGGCGGUGUUCCUUGCUGCACUGAUUCUAGCAAUGUUCCCUAUAUGGCCACGCAGUGUAAAAAUGGCAACUGGGUAUUUGUUCUAUGCUAUGAUAGGAAUUGUUAUAUUCCUUAUUUCUAUAACGAUUAUCCGGGCUGUUAUUUAUCUUGCUGUCCUUCUGGUAUGUAGAAGAUCAUUCUGGCUUUUCCCAAAUCUGUAUGCAGAGUGCGGUAUACUAGAAAGCUUUGUUCCUCUAUAUGGGUGGGAUGAAGAAAUAGACGAGGAACCAGAACUGCAAGAGAAAAAAAACAAAUAAACAUAUGUGAUG